UUCCAAGCCCCGCCCCUGCAGGACUCCGCACACUCCCGGCGCUUCAUAUGGAAUGAGCUGGAAAUAAAAACUCGCGUUCGGUACACACAAUUGUGUGUUUGUGUGUGUGUGUGUGUGUGUGUGUGUGAGAGAGAGACAGCUACAGUCAUGCCGAUGGUGAAGAGGAACAUUAAGCCCCAUCAUGUGUGUCGGGUCGCUGUACCUGAGAGCGUCGGCUGUGAGCUGGAGUGUGUAACAAACAACACGCUGUCUUCCAUCAUCCACCAACUCAGCAGCCUCAGUAAGCAUGCGGAGGACGUGUUCGGCGAGCUGUUCAGUGAAGCGAACACUUUUUACCUGCGCACCAACUCGCUGCAGGACCGAAUCGACCGCCUCGCUGUCAAAGUCACACAGCUGGACUCCGGUGUGGAGGAAGUGUCUCUGCAGGACGUUAACAUGUGGAAGGCCUUUAGAAGCUCCACCGCCGAGGAUCAGCAGGUCGUGUCCCGAAUCAGCAUCUCCAACCCUGUAGCUGAGAUGUACAGCAGCUGUGAGAAACCGCCAGCACUCAGUGUGCUCUCCACCUACAGAGAGGAUCACGUGGAUGGAAUGAAGUUCUACACGGAUCCGUCUUAUUUCUUUGACCUCUGGAAGGAAAAAAUGCUUCAGGACACCGAGGACAAGAAGAAAGAGAGGAGGAGACAGAGAGAGCAGAGGUGUGUUGAGGAGGAAGCGUUACAGCGGGAGGUCCGGAAAGUGCGUAAAGCUCGGAAUCGUCGUCAGGAGUGGAACAUGAUGGCGUUUGAUAAAGAGCUGCGUCCAGAUCAACAAAAUCCUCACAGUGUCCAGCAGGAGGCGCUGUCUGAUAGCUCACUGUCUCCUGAGGCCAGAAGACCUUACUGUCUGGACGUUCCUGACCACGCCCACUUUCUGCCCGACCAUGCCUUGUCCAAUUCCAGUGAAGGGGCGGAGCAUGAGUACCAAAGUAUUGGUGGUCCAGUAGGCGUGGCUGACAGUGUUUCCUCUGGAUACAGGUUACACCCAUCUUCCUCUUUGCACAUGACCAAAGGGGGCGGAGUUAAUGGUGACAUCACACUUCCACCUGUAGACUAUGGUUUGGAAUAUUAUGCCAGUUCCGGUCCUCUUCCUCCUCCUCCUCCAGCUCCCAUCAUCCCCUCAUCACAGACCGCUUUUGCCACGCCUUUAACACCUCCAGCCCCACCCUCUUCCCAUCCUGGACCAUCCAGCUCUGCUUUAUCCUAUCCCCUUCCACCUGUCCCACUUCCUGGGCCAAUUCUAACCCCGCCCCCUCCAGGACCCCCACCUCCACCGAUACUUCCUGCUCCGUCCCACCUGAUGGGAACAGGGGAAGGGCGGAGCCAGGAGUCUCAGACAACCACAGACGGACGCAGUGACUUGCUGUCGGCUAUACGCAUGGGUAUCCAGCUGAAGAAGGUUCAGGAGCAGCAGGAGCAGCGAGCGAUGAGGGAACGUUCAGAAAACGACGUGGCGUCUAUCCUGUCCAGACGCAUCGCCGUCGAGUGCAGUGACUCUGAGGACGAGUCUGACCUCGACGUCAACGAGUGGUCUGACUGAGACACACACACACACACACACACACACACACACAAAGCAACACAGUAAAGCAUCAGGUCUUACCCAGGUUCACCAGAAGGCGGCGCCCUGCUGUUAACCUCCCAGUGCAAUCAUUAGAAACUACGUGACUACCGUAGCUACUGUCUGCUGCACUGCACAAAGUAUUGGCACCCCGUACCAGCACUGAGCAGAUAUGUUUCUGACGGACGACCCUCACACAUCAUAUUAGAUUAUUUAGUUAUUUAUUAUCAAGUUAUCAUUUUAAUAUUAUGUUCUGUCUUUCUUCUCAAUCUGCUGCGUAAAUAAGAUCCCGGAUUUAGAUUUACGCCAAAUACGGAGAUUUUACUGACAUAUUUUAAUUGACGUAGCAUCUUUAAUACAAUAACAUGCUUCACUUCGUCGCUAUUUAAAAGUAUAUCAAGAGAUUAUAAUACAAGAGAUUUUUAAAAUUUUAUUUGAAUCAGUAAUGAACUCGCCACUAAGUGGCGCUGUCUGACAUGAAAACUCUCCAAAUCUUUUCCAUGUCAACAUGUCCAAACUUCUGUCACACCAGAUUAUGAUAUUAUUUUUACUAAAAGUACUUUCAUCUUUACAUUUUCUUUCUUGGGAUGUGAAACUCUUUACAGCGUAACCCGUCUUUACUGUACGCGUAAUCUCAGAGAGCAUCAGGAACAAACAUGCACACACAGCAUGACUGUCAUUUUGAGAUUAAAACGGAUUUAUUGAACACUUGAAUCACGUUGCAUCUUCCUCUGGCCACAUGCAGUCUAAACACCUGCAGCAUCAACACUGUAACAGCCGAGCCUUUAACACCGGCGCGCUGUAAACACUCCUCGGGUUGAAGAAGGUUGACUCUGCGCUUAAACACUCCAAUUAUCAGCACUCGAGGAAAUGAAGGCCGUCAGGUCUCUCGGCUGAACGCGUUCCCACGAGCACAGGUGCGGAGAUGAGGUGGCUGAACGUUAGGAAGCCCGGAAAAGGAGUGCGUUUUAAAUACACGAAGACAAACAGUGAGGAUUUAUCAUUCGUUCAAUAAAUCCAGUCGGAAUUUCACCGUUAUAUUUAUUUUACUUUCAAUUGUAGUUGAACAUCUUUCACCAAGUUUAGCUGAGUCAGUCAUUUUGUGCCUUUAAAAGCGUUCUAGCGCUUAUAAAAGCUUAGAAUUAUUAUUUUAUUUUAUUUUAUUAAUGUUCCUUUGUGUCUUGUGUUCAUGUAAGCACACCCGGGAUCUUCUCCUUCACUUCCACAGGAGGGUUCACAUCUAUGAAGUCAACAUGCAGUCAUUUAUUUAUUUAUUUAUUUAUUUAUUUAAAUAUCUCGCCCAUGAUUUCCCACCUUUUAGACUCGAUAUGAUCAUCCGAACUGUCACAGGAUUACGUAGAGACGAUAAAGAAAUGUCCAAACAAAAGCUAUUUUAUAUUUUAGGUUCAGAAAACAUGCCUCGAAGAAGUCCACAGAGCUAAUUACCUUCACUCUCCAACUCAAGUUUGUUUAUUUGUUUCUUUGUUUGUUUGCCUGCUUACUUAAUAAAGAUAAUUCAGCUAUUCA